AUGCCUGCAGAUUCUCCAGCCCCAUGGACGCUUAAGUGCGAGGCAUAUGGAAUACCAUUCCGGCUUAACCCAAAGGAGCUUCCUCCCGGCCUGUAUCAUGACCUGGACACUCCUCCUCUUGGUAAAGGAAAUGACGACUUCAGAGGUGGAUAUGUAAAAGAGAGAGAAAGUGAUAAGGUUAACACUGACAUCCUUCUAUGCAUGAUUCAGAUCGUACGAUACCAUUCCACACCCGUUGGCCCAUACGAUGAACUGCUUAUCAUACCGGGCUAUUAUGGCGUCCCAGGCGGAAAAUAUAAGGGAAGAAAGCAAUUGAGAGCAACUAGGUUCUACGUCAGUCAGAGAGAGACAACAUAUAAUGGAAGAAAGAAUUGGAACAUUCCGAAACAACUUGCACGCUUCGAAUUCUCCGCUCCUCCAGCUUCUGAAACAAACAAAGUGCCGAAGGAACUCCAAGUUAAGGUCUUUCCGUAUGGAUCAGACUCAAAGACUCCGCCUUUCUUCUCUUGCACGCUAUCGCCGCUACAGAUCCUACCAGGCUUGCCAGCAACCACGAAGCUCCUACCAAAGAAGCCUUACUUGGUGCAACCUCCUGUUGGACAAGGAAAAGGUAAAGGGGAAGAUCCCCUGCUGUAUGAGACCGAUCGGUGGUGCGGCAUUCCCAUCACUUCCAGCAGUCGUCGCAUGCGUUUGAUGAAGGUUAAGAUCGACGAGCCGCCUGAGGAGGAGCGCAAGAACGGGACCCACUGGCCUGUAGUGAAGACAUGGAGUUUUGGCCUGUGGCUUGAAGACGUGACUCUUGAGUUUCCGGUUGCCGAGGAAUUCAGGCUAUGA